AAGGAGAUGGAGCAAGUUAUGUUAAAUGAUGUUUUGGUUACUCAAGAUAAGGGUACUACUACUUUGGGGCAGUCUGUUUGUUCACCUCAAGGAGAUGAUGAUGAAUGUGGUUUGGUAAGAAAUAAAGAACCUCCUGAUAAAGGCUUCUUUUCAGAUUCUGGUAGUACGUUACAUAGCAGGGAAUUGUUGGGAAGAGUUGUAGCUGAUAGUGAAGGUUCUAAAGAUUCUGAUGAUGUAACUUUGGAAUUUUCAUCUGCUGAGCCUAAGGUAGGUGUUGAAAAAAUACAGAGGUUUGCUUUUAGUGUGGGUAUGCCUAAUUUUACUGUGAAUAAGUUGGCAGAGAAGUUCAUUUGGCCUCUAUUGGAUGAUCAGUUGGAAGUUAAAGUUCUAUUUGUGCAUGCUCACUCUAUUACUAUGGAG